UAAUGCCUUUUAUCUAACAGUAUCAAUUCAUGCAUCAAACCCACAGAAAACGUAGCCCUUAAGAUUAAAAUAGAAAGGAAUAUACAUAAAACUGUAGAAAAGAGGACCGGGUUGAGAUUCCAGCGCUUUCCAAGUUAAAGCCGCGAACUUUCCACGGGGCAUCGCCGCGACAUAUCCUCCGGCCGACCAAGCUAGCUCUCUGAUUCACGCCUACCUUUUUGUAAUUUAACUAACUCCUUCAAAUUUCAACCCAAUUCCAGUCAAACUAGAUAUCUCAGUUCACAAAUCUCUCUGUUCCUUUCUGGAACCGGAAUUUAGCUCCUCCCAUGUCUUCCUACGGCAGAUACAGUUCUCAAUCCUAUGCUCCAUCCGCUCCAACCCUUCCUGAGGAGCCCCCUUAUAAUACUACCUCUACGACUAGCGAGGUGCCUCCUAGUUACUACACCGGACAAAGCACCGAUUCUCCAAAUUAUCAUCAAUAUGGAGGUCGUUACCAGCAAAGUUCUUCGGCCACUUCAAAUUAUCCCCACGGGAGUGGUUAUGGGCAAGGUUCGGCCAACACUUCUUCGAAUUAUUAUCAGGGGAGUGGCUAUGGACAUGUUUCGUCGUCGUCGUCUGGGUAUCCUAGUUUUCCACCGGGGACGCACCCUGAUGUGAUAAGGAGCUUUCAGGCGGUGGAUAGGGAUCGAAGUGGGUUUAUUGAAGAGAAAGAGUUGCAGCAAGCUCUAUCUAAUGGGUUUCACAAGUUUGAUCUUCGGACUAUUCGUUUUCUUAUGUUUCUCUUCAAGAAUCCUAAUGACCCUAUCAGAAUUGGGCCCAAAGAAUUUGCAGCUCUCUGGAGUUGCCUUGGUCAUUGGCGAGCCAUAUUUGAGAGAUAUGAUAGGGAUCGGAGUGGGAAAAUUGACCCAUUAGAACUAAGAGACGCACUGUAUGGUAUUGGCUACGCAGUACCAGCUUCAGUUCUUCAACUUCUACUUUCCAAAUACAGUAAUGGAAGUGGUGGACGAGUUGAACUUGGAUUUGACAGCUUUGUUGACUGUACAUGCAGGUGUGGGAUGGUUGUCAAGGUAAAAUUUGCAGCGCUCUUCAAGAUCUGGAUAUGUCCCCUGUUUGUGUUUGUUCUUUCUGUUCUAUAUUCUGCUCUUCCCAUUGAAACAGGCCUAUUUUGCUUCUGGUUUUUCAAAUCUGGCUGGAAUAUUUUUGGACAUUGGCUGGGUCAAUUUAGUUGUUGAAUUUCUCUCUUUCCUCUCCACAUAGAUUUAGGGGCUUGCAUGACAUGGACUAAACAAGUAGGAAGAUGUCAUAUUUUUACCUAUAGAAAAGGAUAGUUUUACAUAUAUCCACAAACUAUAGAGAUUCAUCAAGCUAAGGUUCAAAUCGCAUGUUAGAACUGUUAUCAUCCUUAAACUCGUGCUGAAAAAAACUCAGGAGGACCAGACAUUUUCGAGACUAGAGCAACAUCACUAGUUGGUUUAGUGGAUCAUGGAGUUCGUAUAGCAAGAUCAAGUAUUAUUUCUCGUAUGUAAAUGUGCUUAUAGUUACAAGCUGCCUUGUUGAAAUUUUCAGGGCCUGACUGACAAAUUUAAGGAGAAGGAUACGCGUUGUACUGGUUCAGCAACACUUUCAUAUGACGCCUUCAUGUCUAUGGUUAUUCCUUUCCUCGUAUCAUAUGAUUGAGUAGCUGCGGUGAUACUCAUUUCAAGGAUUUUUUUUUUUUUAUGUUGCCUUCAAUUUUUUUUUAUUCAUGAAUUUUCUUGACAAUAAAUUUCUUAGGGUGCAAUGAUUUUCCAUACAUAAUUUUUGGGCAAUAAACUUCGUGUAAAUGAUAUGCCAACAUGAAUAAUGAACACGGGUUAUACAUCCCAUCCCAACAUGGGCCUGCA